AUGCAGAGCCGUUUAUCUGAUUGGCUAGUCAAGCAUGAGCUAGUCCAUAGAUCCUUGGGCUUCGACUACCAGGGAAUAGAGACUUUACAAAUAAAAACGGAGGAUUGGGACUCCAUUGCUGUCAUUUCAUAUAUAUAUGGUUACAAUUAUUUACGCUCCCAGUGUGCCUAUGAUGUAGCACCGGGCGGAUUUUUAGCUAGUGUGUAUCAUCUUACGAGAAUACAAUAUGGUAUAGAUAAAAUGGAAGAGGUAUGCUUAAAAGUAUUUGUCUCAAGGAAUAAUCCUAGAAUUCCUUCUGUUUUCUGGAUUUGGAAAAGUGCUGAUUUUCAAGAGCGGGAAUCUUAUGAUAUGUUGGGAAUCUCUUAUGCUAAUCAUCCACACCUUAAACGUAUCUUGAUGCCCGAAAGUUGGAUAGGUUGGCCCCUACGUAAGGACUAUAUUACUCCCAAUUUCUAUGAAAUACAAGAUGCUCGUUGA